GCGGCUGUGGCGUGUAUGGUAAAACAAUUGUUUUCCAACGCCAAAGCAGACCGCGAUCGCGUUAUUCCGAUGGCGUCUUCGGCCAUCCCAGAUCUGGCGCCCCCGGAUCGCGGAAGCUCAAUGCGACAGGGGCCUACGACAAUACCUGGGCCUGAUCAAUCGAGCUCUCCUGCCGUUGCAGCCAACCACAGUGUCGCCUAUGAGGAAUACAACCCCGGCCUGCAAGUCCACAGCGAUACGCCCGGUCUGGAAGCAGCCCCCGCCAGUCCAAGAUGGCUGGAACGAGCGGUGCCGGACAGCGCGGGGCUCAUGCAUGUUGCGAGGGAUGACAAGAUAUACGUUUCCGGGGAGCAUGGUGUAGGACGGCACGAAGACGAGAAAACGGCGCAGGGGAAAAAGAAAAAGAGGUCACUAUUUGUCCUUGGGUUGGUAGCUUUGGUUAUCGUGGCUGCUGUUUUGGGCGGGACCCUGGGCACUCUCCUAAAGCCUGGAUCUACGAAUGGCGGUGAUGGAAGGGAUACGCCCACCGACACGCCAACAUCCACGAGCACCAUCGCCAACCCGGCCUCGAUGACGGGCUCGUCGACGUCCGUUGGCUUCUACACAGUCCCUACGGCCAUCUCGUGGGGCCCGCCGCAUCUACAAGUCUUUGAAUCGAAUCCUCAGUUUGGGGGUUACGCCAUCACGGCCUUCCGCCGUAACCCCAACGCGACCUCGCCGACGGACUUCUCCUCCCGGCAGGCCAACAACUCUGCCUGGAUCGUCACCGCGAAGAGCGUGGAGUUUGAUCAGGACCUCCGAUUCUCGGUCCAGCCCCGGUUCCGCGCAGGGCGUAACUGGACCGAGCUGCUCUACCUUGACAGCCGGUUCCUACGGCGCGCAACGCAGGACAGCAGCGGGAACUGGUUCUUGAACGAGAGUUUCAGCAGCACAAAACCCGACGAUACGCCCGAGGGCCAGGCGUGGAGUGCAAAAAAGGAAAGCCUCACGCUCGCUCCAAGCGGGGAUGAGUGGCACGGAUACACGGCCAUGUUCCUUACCCGAGGCGCCAACGGGAUCCUGCAGAUGGGGACCGUCGGCGUCAGCGGCAUCGGCCACGACGGCGUCUUCCCUUCGCUCAAGGACGGCAAGGUCUUCUCGUCGCCGCCCCUGGCGUUUCUGACCCCACGGGUUGUCGAUGCGGGAAACAAGCUUCACUUCUUCGCCGUCGCGGAUGAAAACCGACACCUGCUCCACGGCGCGGCCGCAAACCAGGGCUGGACUGUGUAUGGUGGCGUGGGUGGCCAAAAUAUGGAGGAUCUGGGCGGGUUCGUCACCUCGACGCCGGCCGUCGUGGCUCGCGACGCGAAAAACAUGGACGUGUUUGCCAGAGGCGGGGACGGGCGGCUGUGGUGGAAGGCUUGCUACGAGCGGGAUGGGGGUGGGGACUGGAGCAGCCGUAACUGGACGACUGUCGACCCCGAUGUCAAGAUUCUGGGCGAGCCAGAGGCCAUUUCUUGGAGCGAGAACCGCGUCGACGUCUUUGUCUGGGGGGAAGCCACCAUGAACAAUAACUCGCUGCUGCACCGGACCUAUUCUUUCUCGGGUAGCACCUUGACCAGUUCCGGUACCUGGACGACUGUCGCAAGCGAGCUGAAGGGGCCGCCCAAGGCGCUGAGUGAUAAAAAGGGUAGGAUGUAUGUGUUUGCCCAUGCAAGCUCUGGCAUGUUGUGGAGGACAUGGCAGGAAGAUGGUGGCUGGUUAGGGCAGGCCGAGAAGCUGCCCUUGAAUCUCUAACCAAGAUCUGAAAGUCUUUGUGGAUGUGGAAGGAGACGUGAAGGCGCACAUUGCACCAGACAUGUACUUGAUAAAUUACAACAAAAUGGCACAGUUUUACGAGGCACCAGGCAACUUCCAAACCCGCAGACAAAUAUUGUGCCUGGCUCCUUAUCAUUUCCCGCCCGCAGGUGGCAAGCG